UUCGAAUCUAGGGCUCGUAUUGUCCAAAUUAAAACAACAUGAACCAAAAUUUAUAUGAACUUCUCUAUGGGGGGUAAAAAUGCCAUUUUCCAUUGUUGUACUCGGUCUUCUCAUAAGGCUUAAACCCUAAACCCCCAAUCCACGCCCGCUUUCACUCUGCUCUAACCCUAGAGAGAGAGAGAGAGAGAGAGAGAGGGAUGGGGAGGUCGCGAAGGAAGUACAAGAAAUCGAGGCCCAAAGUCCAAGUGGGACUGCCAAAGAAGCACCCUCGCGUAUUCAAACCCAACUUCUCUCUCCCUCCGAAGCUUCGUUCCAUCGCCGCCGAUAUCAAGUGGGACGACAAAGGCAGCGUCAUUCAAAACUACAAGUCCUUCGGCGUUGUUUCGAACCCUAACUUCCUCGGCGUUCGGUCUCGCACUUCUCACAUCGUCGAAAGCGACUCUCUUCAGGUCCCCCCUCCUCAGCCUCCGCCCGACUCCACCUUGUCGGAGUUCGAACCGUUGGAUUCCGGCAGCGAUCUCGAAGAGGACGACUUAAAAUCAGCGCUUGGGAAGAAGCGAAGAGAUGGGAAGAGUGCACCUUUGCAACCACUAACGAGCAUACAACGCCUUCACAUUCGCAAACUCGUUGAAAAAUACGGAGAUGAUUAUCAGAGCAUGUUCAUGGACUCAAAACUUAAUAAGAUGCAGCAUUCUGUUUGCACAUUGGAGAAACUAUGCAAAAGGUAUCGCAUCUACAAGGAUAAAAAUCCCUUGAUCGUGGGCUGUUGAGCAAGAUCAUUUUUCAGGAUGGGCACUUUCUCUUUAGGCCUACUACAAGGGUGAUUUCCAGAUAUCAGGGGUGAUUUUGUCUGUGUUAUGAUUGCAAGUCCUUCAAGAGUUUCCAGGACAGUGACAGUAGUUAUGAUCCUCCAGAGGAUUCCAAUGUAUUCUGUAUUUUAGAUAUUAAAUCUCCUCCUCAUGUAUUAGUAGUUUUUUCUUUCUAAAAUUCAGUACAAAGUCAAACAGUGAAAUUUUUGAGAAAGUAUCAUCAUCUGAUCUGUUGCAACUUUAAAGAUAGGAAUGGCAUAAUCUUCUUUCUUUUUCCUUU